AAUAAACGCCGUCCUCUCGCUCCCGUGUUACUGGGUAGAACAAAACAAAAACAAACAGAGCGAGAGGGGCCAGAGACGCUCCGAGGCGGCGGCAGGCGCAGAGCAACGGGGUCAGGGCCGGCAGACCAGGGACCUGGGCGAGCAGCGGCGGUGGCCCGAGCGGUUCUAAAGGAAGACUUUCAUUUGGUAAUUUGUUUAAUCAGUGCAAGUGAAAUUAAGGAACAAUGGAUGUAGAAAAUGAGCAGAUACUGAAUGUAAACCCUGCAGAUCCUGAUAAUUUAAGUGACUCUCUCUUUUCUGGUGAUGAAGAAAAUGCUGGGACUGAGGAAAUAAAGAAUGAAAUAAAUGGAAAUUGGAUUUCAGCAUCCUCCAUUAAUGAAGCUAAAAUUAAUGCCAAGGCAAAAAGGCGACUACGGAAAAACUCAUCCCGAGACUCUGGCAGAGGUGAUUCAGUCAGUGAUAAUGGAAGCGAAGCCCUUAGAAGUGGAGUAACGGUGCCAACCAGUCCUAAGGGAAGGUUGCUAGAUAGGCGAUCCAGAUCUGGGAAAGGAAGGGGACUACCAAAGAAAGGUGGUGCAGGAGGCAAAGGCGUUUGGGGUACACCUGGACAGGUGUAUGAUGUAGAGGAGGUGGAUGUGAAAGAUCCUAACUAUGAUGAUGACCAGGAAAACUGUGUUUAUGAAACUGUAGUUUUGCCUUUGGAUGAAAGAGCAUUUGAGAAGACUUUAACACCAAUCAUACAGGAAUAUUUUGAGCAUGGAGAUACUAAUGAAGUUGCGGAAAUGCUGAGAGAUUUAAAUCUUGGUGAAAUGAAAAGUGGAGUACCGGUGUUGGCAGUUUCCUUAGCAUUGGAGGGGAAGGCUAGUCAUAGAGAAAUGACAUCUAAGCUUCUUUCUGACCUUUGUGGGACAGUAAUGAGCACAAAUGAUGUGGAAAAAUCGUUUGAUAAAUUGUUGAAAGAUCUACCUGAAUUAGCAUUGGAUACUCCUAGAGCGCCACAGUUGGUGGGCCAGUUUAUUGCUAGAGCUGUUGGAGAUGGAAUUUUAUGUAAUACCUACAUUGAUAGUUACAAAGGAACUGUAGAUUGUGUACAGGCUAGACAGCUGUUUGUGAUCUGCUAUUUCAUCAUUAUUGAUAUGCUGCUGAAAGAAUAUUUACUGUCUGGAGACAUAUCUGAAGCUGAACAUUGCCUUAAGGAACUGGAAGUACCUCAUUUUCACCAUGAGCUUGUAUAUGAAGCUAUUGUAAUGGUUUUAGAAUCAACUGGAGAAAAUACAUUCAAGAUGAUUUUGGAUUUAUUAAAAUCCCUUUGGAAGUCUUCUACCAUUACUAUAGACCAAAUGAAAAGAGGUUAUGAGAGAAUUUAUAAUGAAAUUCCGGACAUUAAUCUGGAUGUCCCACAUUCAUAUUCUGUGCUCGAGAGAUUUGUAGAAGAAUGUUUUCAGGCUGGAAUAAUUUCCAGACAACUCAGAGAUCUUUGUCCUUCAAGGGGCAGAAAGCGUUUUGUAAGCGAAGGAGAUGGAGGUCGUCUUAAACCAGAGAGCUACUGAAUAUAAGAACUCUUGCAGUCUUAGGUGUUAUAAAAAUAUAUAUCUGAAUUGUAAGAGUUGUUAGCACAGGUUUUUGUUUUUUUUUUUUAAGCACUCGUUUUGGGUACAAGGCAUUUCUGAAAUUUUAUAAACUUACAUUUAAGGGGAAUUUUUAAAGGAAAUGUUUUCUUUUAUUUGAGGGGGAAAGGAGGGACAGAAAAGUAACCUCUUCUUAAGUGGAAUAUUCUAAUAAGCUACCUUUUGUAAGUGCCAUGUUUAUGACCUAAUCAUUCCAAGUUUUGCAUUGAUGUCUGACUGCCUCUCCUUUCUUUCAAGGACAGUGUUUUUUGUAGUAAAAUCACUGGUUUAUACAAAGCUUUAUUUAGGGGGUAAAGUUAAGCUGCUAAAACCCCAUGUUGGCUGCUGCUGUUGAAAUACUGUGCUUUGGGAGUAAAAAAAAAAAAAGUUAUUUCUUUGUCUUAAAGAAUUUUAAAAAAAUGAGUUAGUCAUGAGACUUAUUCAUCUUUCCAGGGAACAUACUGAUUGGUCUUAAAGACUAGACAGUUAAGUAAAUGGUGGCUGGAACAUCUAUUUUUCUACAAAACUGGAAAAAUGAACCUGGUUUGAGAAGAAUGUACAACAAAAUAAAACAUGUGAAGCAGUGUUGA